CAAAAAUUAUUUGUGUGUUGCCAAGAGCACACAUUAAUAUCAUCGUAAGAGAAAUAAGAAUAAUGUUACAUAAUUGUCUAACUAAAACAUAAACGUUACAUAAGCUGCAUAUAUAUAUAUAUAUGCGCGCGCUCAUAAACGUGACUCGCUGGCGAAUAAAACGUGGAUGCUUUACAGUGGUAGUAGAUGGUUAAUUAGGACAGCUUUUUCAGCUCUGCGUACGUAGUAAAUAGGCGAUUCUGUUACGACUUCUUAUGCACUUUGUCAUCCUAUAAAAAAAGUGCACUAUACCUUUUUAAUAGUUAAACACUAGUUUUUCGUAACAGGAAACCAAAAUUGUGGUUAUAGUAGACUGAGAAAUUGAAGAAGAUAAACAAGCGAACGAAUUUACGCAUCGAAAAUCAAACACAGACAAACAAUGUGGUUUAUGCAUCAUUCAACAAUUUAUAAUAAAUAUCAAUUAUUAUUGUUAUUAUUGACUCUUAUAACUCUCUUGCAUAUUUUAUCCAAUUUACAUGUGAUAGUUGCAUUGAACUUCAAAGAACAGGUGUUACGUGAUUCAGAAAUGCUGAAGGUAUUAUCCACUUUAAAAGGUAUCCCGAAAAAUAUGAGUAAACAUGAACUUUUUGAAAUACGUAAAAAUAUACCGAAAUUUGUUGAAAACUGGAUUACCUUUAUAAACAAUGAACAAUUAUUACUUGAUUAUACAUACGGUAAAAUAUCGAAACAUGCUUUUGAUGAUCUACGGAAAUCCAUAGUCUUUCUUCGAAUCGCUCCAUGUAAAAUUAAUAGUGAGAAACACUACAAAGUUUGCUUUUCUUUUCAUCCAUCUUCUAUCAUUCCAAAGCAUACAAUUCAAUCGGCCACUAUAUCUACAUAUUUACAACCAUGGAUUAAUCCUAAUAGGUUGAAACUGCACGUAUUUCUUAUGAAUUCUUACCGUAAAAUCUAUGAACACUUUUAUAUUAAUUUGAAUAAUAAUAAUAAUAAUGAUACUGGGACUAGUGAAAAUUUGGUAUUUGAACAGAUUCAAUCACCGCAUCGUCAAGUAACAUGGGAUAUUAGUGUAAUGAUGAGAAAUUUACAACAAUCUAAAUAUCAUUUAAUACAUUCAUUUAUAAUGACUUUAGAAAAUUCUGAAAGUGAUCCAAAUUUGAAUUUUAUUGACGCAGCUGAUCAGUCCAUUUCUUUUCUUACUAAAGAUGGAGAUGAAAAUGACAGUGCACUCUCUGAUACAUAUAAUGAAAUAGAUGAUGUUUUCAAGAAGGUCAAUAUUAAUGAUGAUGGUGAUGAUGAACCCGACAGAGACGAUGAUUACGGGACUAAUGAUGAAGUCAACAAUCAGGAUAAUGAUAAUACUAAGCGUGUUAAUAAUAACAAUAAUAAUGUUGAAGAAACCACUGAUAGAAAUGAAUUGUUUAUUAUCAACGACAGUGACGAUUUUAAACUGCACAAAAGUCUAGACAUUAAUGAUAAGAUACUCAGCGAAAAUGCACAAAUUAUACUGAAUAUGAAAACACCGGAAAUGUUACAAUUAGAACGACAUUAUUUAUCUAGGAAGCGUUUAACACCCCGGUCUUUUCUCGCAGAUUCAACAGGUCAUAGUUUUCAACCUCAGUCGUGUCCAAGUUUUUUAGAUCGUGGUCAAUAUGAAACUAAGUGUUGCCUGUUUCGAUACACACUGAAUAAGUUACAAAUGGAUGAGAAUGAUAAGCUACGUUUUAUUAUUUUUCCCCAUCAUUUGCCACUGAAUAUGUGCCAUGGAAGGUGUAUUGGACUUUAUAUUCCUACGGACAAUGCACACAGUAUCUUAAUGAAUCGCUACUUUUCAGGAUUGCGUUCUGUUGAAAGGGAGGCUAUUUACAAUUCCAUGCCCUGCUGUGCUGCGAAUGAAACAAUACCCUUUACAAUACUUUAUAAAGAUCACAACGAACAGCUGGUCACAGAAACGCUGCCUACAGCAGUAAUAACUAACUGUGCUUGUAGAUGAGUGCAUAUCAGUCGUGAUAGGAAGGAUUGCAUGAGAAAAUAAUUUUCACCCGUAUUUAUACUGCUAACUAUCUUGUUAGUAGUGCAAUUGAAUUAAAAUAAAAUAUUGAAGCAAAU